AUGCUGCGUGAGUGUAUCUCUGUUCAUAUCGGCCAGGCUGGUGUCCAGAUGGGCAAUGCCUGUUGGGAGUUGUACUGUUUGGAACAUGGUAUCCAGCCUGAUGGUCAGAUGCCUUCAGAUAAAACUAUUGGAGGUGGAGACGAUUCCUUCAACACAUUCUUCAGUGAGACGGGAGCUGGUAAACAUGUACCAAGAGCUGUUUUUGUUGACUUGGAACCAACGGUUGUUGGUCCUACCUACACCAACUUGAAUCGUUUAAUUGGUCAGAUCGUCAGCUCCAUCACCGCCUCUCUACGAUUUGAUGGAGCCCUUAAUGUUGAUCUUACUGAGUUCCAGACCAACUUGGUUCCCUAUCCACGUAUCCAUUUCCCUCUUGCUACCUAUGCUCCAGUUAUCUCUGCUGAGAAAGCCUACCAUGAACAACUUACUGUGGCUGAAAUCACCAACGCCUGUUUUGAACCUGCCAACCAGAUGGUAAAAUGCGAUCCUCGUCAUGGCAAGUACAUGUCUUGCUGUAUGUUGUACCGAGGAGAUGUUGUUCCCAAGGAUGUAAAUGCCGCUAUCGCCACCAUCAAGACCAAGAGAACCAUCCAAUUUGUUGACUGGUGUCCAACUGGUUUUAAAGUCGGUAUCAACUACCAACCACCAACUGUUGUACCAGGAGGUGAUUUAGCCAAGGUACAGAGAGCUGUUUGUAUGUUGAGUAACACUACUGCUAUUGCCGAAGCUUGGGCUCGUCUAGAUCAUAAAUUUGAUCUGAUGUACGCUAAAAGAGCUUUCGUCCAUUGGUAUGUUGGUGAAGGUAUGGAAGAAGGUGAAUUCUCUGAAGCUAGAGAAGAUUUAGCUGCUCUAGAGAAAGAUUAUGAAGAAGUUGGUGUUGAUUCUGUUGAAGGUGAAGGAGAAGAGGAAGGUGGAGAAGAAUAUUAA